UUCUCAUUUUCCCGUUUCAUUAUUUUUUUUCUAUGUAGCCCUGCGACGCAUUUCAACAAUAAAUGAUUAAUGUUAUAUGUGUUUAAUAAGACAAUCGUUGAGUUAAGUUAUAAUUGAACUUCAUGUCCCAUAGUUCCGUGCUGUCUGUAGUCGCCCACUGCUACUACUUCCUCCUGCCUUGCGCAAGCUCACAUCGUUGUAGAAUGCGGAUUUCGAAGCUAAUGAGAAGAGCUAGCCAGUCAAGCUAAAAACAAGCUUCUCGUUGUUGGGCUUCAAACGGAGCUAAAUGUCUAAAACACACUCACAGCCCCCGUCAUCUUCGGCGGCCACGACUACCGGGGGACCCUCCUCGUCCUCUUCGUCCUCGCCCGCGGGGGGCUCGACAUCUCCCGCAACCGUGUUGAACGUGCAGCCCGAGAAACCUCAACAUUACACAUAUCUGAAGGAAUUCCGAACCGAGCAGUGCCCCCUGUUCGUACAGCACAAAUGCACACAACACAGGCCUUUCUCUUGUUUCCACUGGCACUUCCUGAACCAGCGGCGCCGCAGGCCCAUCCGCAGACGGGACGGGACCUUCAAUUACAGCCCAGAUGUUUACUGCACCAAAUACGACGAGGGGACGGGCACCUGUCCUGAUGGAGAUGAAUGUCCAUUUCUACAUCGGACAGCAGGUGAUACAGAGCGCAGAUAUCACCUCCGCUACUAUAAGACAGGAUCAUGUAUCCAUGAAACAGACGCAAAAGGCCACUGCAGCAAAAACGGCUCCCACUGUGCCUUCGCACACGGCUCACAUGACCUGCGCAGCCCUGUUUAUGAUAUCAGAGAAGUGCAAGUAAUGGAGUCUCAGGGAGGCUCGGGGGCCACAGACGGAGGUGGAGGAGAUGGACAGUCAGGACAGGCAGCAAGUACAGCGCUUAUAGAGAAGAUCCUGAGUGAGGAACCACGCUGGCAAGAUAACAACUACGUGCUGUCCCACUACAAGACAGAGCUCUGUAAGAAACCCCCUCGUCUGUGCCGUCAAGGGUACGCUUGUCCGUACUACCACAACAGCAAAGACAGGAGGCGCAGUCCGCACAAGCACAAAUACAGGGCGCUGCCGUGUCCGGCUGUUAAGCAGAGCGAGGAAUGGGGGGAUCCCAGUAAAUGUGAGGGAGCAGAGGGAUGUCAGUACUGCCACACAAGAACAGAGCAACAGUUCCACCCUGAGAUUUAUAAAUCCACUAAGUGUAAUGACAUGCAGCAGUGUGGCAGCUGUCCUAGAGGUCCCUUCUGUGCCUUUGCUCAUGUUGAAAAGCCCUUUGUUCCAGAGGAACCUUCAUUCCCCACACCGAGCUCCCCUCCACCCCCGAGACCUCCAGACCCUCUUCCUGCCCAGGAAGUUUCAUCAAGUCCCAGCAGGCACAAUAUGGCGCCUGGGCCUAGUUCUAGUUCUCUUUCAGACCCCUUCUCCCCAUCUGCGGGGUCAUGCAUAGCGGAGCAGGGCCUGCUGGGAAGCGUUCUGUCCCUGUGUGAGGACGUGAGUGUAGGAGCAGAGCCUCUGUCUCCCUGGGCGGGAGAAGGAGGAUACUGCCGAGCACCCGGAUUUGAAAGGGAGGAUCAGGCUAAACAAAGGAGUUUUGCUCUUGAGCAGCGCAACAGAGAAUUAGCAACAACACAAAGUAAACAGGACUUGUUAGUGUUUCUGCCCGUGGGGAGCCCUCUGAGUCUGUCCUCCAGCAUCCCCUCCAGCCUGGCCGCCACGCCACCCAGCCCUGCACCGCUCGGACACCCUGGAUCCAGCAUCUCCUCAGGCAUGAACGCUAACGCCCUGCCCUUUUACCCCACCAGUGAGACCGUAGAGUCAGUGGUCGAGUCUGCCCUGGACGAUCUCGACCUGAAUGAUUUUGGUGUGUCGGCGUUGGAGAGAAGCUUGGAGAGCAGCUCUGCUCUGCCCAGCGUAGGAGUUAUGUUAGGAGGUAGCCAGUUUCAGAGUUCAGCCCCAGUCAACAUCCCAGGAUCCUUUAGCAGCUCUGCUCCUUUUAGCUCUCCUUCACCAUCUCCACCAAUCAGACCACACGCGUCACCAUUCUUUUCUUCUCACCUGUCACAACCCGGCCAAUCAGAGAGCACUUUUUUGGGCCCAUCUCAUAGUUCUUUAGGUCUGAAUGGUAUGAGCACUAAUAUCUGGGAGCAUUUUCCAUCAGGCCAGGGUUCCCCUGGUACACCCCCCACCCUUCUGCCCUCUGGCCCCUGUGCAGAGACCUCCAGGCUCAAACAGGAGCUGGAGGAAGCCCACAGGGCACUGAAGCAGUGGGGUCACAGCUGGAGACACACAGCUCAGUCGUGGGCCGCGCUGAAAGCAGAUGCAGAGGAGUCCCGUGCACAUGCGGCACGUUCAGCCAUGGAGGCGGAGAGAGCCAGGCAGGCUGAGGAGGAGGCGCAGAGACAGGCUUCCCUCCUGCAGGAGGCGCUGGAGAGCUUAAGGAGCGGAGACAAUCCCCAUCUAGCGCUGCACCAACUCCAGCUACUACACCGACUGCCCUUAGAGUCAGUGCUCAGCUUGCAGGCUCAGCUCUGUAGCUGCUUACAUGCUGUGGAACAGGUGGUGUACAGGAAACAGAGACAGUGCUGUGUGACGUGUGGAGAGCAGGGCUCAGUGUCCUUGCCUUGCGGCCACGGACUACAGUGUGAGAGCUGCUCCACCUCCACAGAGUGCCCGCUCUGCCCCGAACAGAACCUCGAGCAGCAGCUCUCUUGACCUCACAGACCCACUUGGACCAUCACAGAUGCCGGACCAGUCAGUCCUGAUUCCACACGAUGCCAGCCUUUCGGUCUCAGCCGCCAUCCAAAAUUAUGUCGAGGUCAUUUUAUAACGUGGUAACAACACAAGCACUGAUCUGGUUUUUGUAUUUUUUAAGAUGACGUUUACUGAUGGCCGACCAGUUUGUUUAGCACAGGUUACUAAGUGAAAGAUAUUGAUGAUUGAUCAUUUUUCCAGUGUUACCCAUGGAACACCAGAACAUUUUACUAGUUAUUGCUCUUGACCAGCAACACUGUUCUCUGCCCAUUUAUGAUUUGUGGAAAUAAGACCUGCUGUUGUCUCUUGUAACAACACUAUGAAACAUUCACAUAGUUCUAAAUCAUAUUUUGAGGUUUUAAAUAUGAGCUCACCCUAAUGAAAACACAUUUCCAGAGUGUUAUCCAUCCAUCUGGAUAGGACAUCUUGUGAUAGUCCAGUAAGGAGCCUUUUCUACUAACUCUAUAUGAUAUAUAGAAUAAAGUAUACCUGUACUCAUGGAUGAGAUGUACUGUAUAUGUUGUUACCACACGGAAGUGAAUGUAAAACAACAAUUGUCUUCAGGAUACAGGAUCCGGCGCUGCUGCAAAAACGCAGUUUUUCAAUUUAUUUGAGUGGGGGUUGUCUGUUUUGGCUGCGGCAGUGUGGGGCAAAGGGGUGUCUGCCAAAAAACGCAGCAAACUGCAGCAGAGAAGUUGAGUCAGAUCAACUUUAGGAAAGAAGGCUUUGUUUAUAUCAUGUACCCAGCUUCAAAAUCUGAGUCUGACUCGCAGUUUAUGCUGUUAAACAGUGACGCGAAGAAGUUUAGUUUGGUUGGUGCACAAUGGUAUAAGAGAGAGGGGAGAGAGAAAGUGAGCACUGGUCAAAAGACAAAGUCAGUGAAUGAGAGCGAGCGAGCACCAGCAUCGCAUCCCCCCAACGGCGCACAAACCUGCGGGAAUAUGCUGGAGCACUUGAUCCUGUCCCAGUGCAACCAAGUGAUACUUGAUGGCCUGGGGGCAUCCCUCUGGUUCACUCUGCUGUGUGUUUACAUCCAAUUCAGGGUACCACGAGUAACUGUGUUAUGAUUUGUGGAAAGAUUGUAAGAGCAAAUGUAGGCUUAAAUAUCCCAAAACUUUCUAGAUGGAUGGAUGACACAGCAGGUUAGCUUCUCUUUCUUUGAAGGUUUUGAGCUGUCUGAAGUAAAUCAACAGGUCUGACUGAAAACACUUAAUGGGCAUGUUUAGUUUCAUAUGGUAUAAUAUUGCUAUAGCCAAAAGGGGGCCGCGAUAACAGUCCGAUGGUAGCGCUUGAUUAUAUUGAUUUUUCUUGUUCAACUUUGAUUUUUUUUUUUUGUUUGUUUGUUUAUUAGCAAAAGAAAUUUAAAAUUAUCAAUAACUGUUGAAUAAUAACAGAAAAUAUUUAAAAAUAUGUAGUAAUAUUUGUUUAAAUUUACAACAGAUGGCCUCUGUUAAAGCACUCAGGUUCUCUCGAAAUUCUUCUACGUAAACUGGAAGAGGAAAGCAUGUUAACACAAUCAAGGCAAAUGUACUCAGUCAACUUGUGUAGUCUUUAAAAUUACAUUUUUAAUUUUUACUUUAACGCUUUUCAUGUUAACUCAAACAUGCACAUUUCUUUGUUAAAACCGGCCCAUGUUUAAAAUCAAUGUGUGACAGAUUUCUCUGCCAAAAUUUUUACAUUUGUAGUAAUCUUUGACAUUUCAGUGUGUCAAAUGUAGUCGUAUAUAUAUAUAUAUGUAUAUAUAUGUAUGUAU